AUGGUCCACAAGCACGAAGGGAAAUUCUCCGACCUCCUCGGCCAUACUCUCCGGGCCCAGGUAGCCGCGGACGCUGUCGCUUCCCCCGCCUCACCCUCUAUACCGUACAUUCCACCAACCCUGGGCGGUGAACCCGGCCAAACACCCCCACCGAGACUCAACGUUGUCGUUCAAAUUGUCGGGUCGCGCGGCGACGUCCAACCGUUCGUUGCGCUAGGCAAAGUGCUCAAGGAAACCUACGGCCACCGCGUUCGCAUAGCGACCCACCCUACAUUCCAGAAGUUUGUCGAGGAGAAUGGGCUCGAGUUCUUCAACCCGGCCGAGCUCAUGGCCUUCAUGGUCAAGAACCCGGGACUCAUGCCAGGCUUUGACGCUCUCAAGUCUGGCGAAGUAAGCAAGAGGAGGCGCGGGAUGCAGGAAAUCCUUAUGGGAUGUUGGCGGUCCUGCAUUGAGCCUGGGAACGGCCUCGGUCCUGCUAUACAACCGCACAGGAAGGACCUAGAGAUGAAUUAUGACGAUACUGCGACUCUACCAGGCGACCCGACAGACAAGCCCUUUAUUGCCGAUGCCAUCAUUGCGAAUCCUCCGAGCUUCGCGCAUAUUCACGUGGCCGAGAAGCUCGGCAUCCCGCUACACAUGAUGUUCACGUGA